ACAAUGACACUACUCCGCAGCAAAUAGCUGCCCAUUCUCUUCUCUCCGACUCUCUCUCUCUCUCUCUCUCUCUCUCUCGUCCCCCAUCUUCUGCUUCUCCCCCUGUAAAAACCUCUCCGAAGAACGAAGGAUCUUUUCAAGCCCUAAACCUAAUCCUUAUCUCCAACAAAUCCCCUUGCGGAUCAGAUCCGUCCAUGGAUUUCUUCAGAUCCGUAUUCUCGGACGAUCCCGAACCCUCCGAUCAAGACCCACCUAAAGGAACCCCAGCUGAAACACAAAAAGAUCCGUCCGAUCAAAACCCUAACCCUGAUUCUCCGUCCAGAUCCAAUGCCGGCGCCUGGAGCUUCGGCAGUCUGAUCAAAACCCUCGCCACUUCAUCCGAAUCCGUCAUCGAGACCUACCGCCGCGACCUCGAGGAAUUCCGCUCUGGCCUCAAGAAAGAGACGGCUGUGAUCCGCGAUGUCAUCAAGGACCUCCCCGUCUCUCUCGAGGCCAGCGCAUCCGCAGCGCAGGACUCUAUUGAGUCCGUCGGGCAGGUGAUUGAUGAAUUCGGUGCCUCCGUCUGGCGGGGGACUGCUGAGAUCGUCUCGCAGGGUAAGGACGCCUUCCUCCCUUCUGAUCAAGAAAGUGAUUAUUCAUCCGAUGCUCAGAAUGUCAGCGGUUCUGGUCUGAAUUCAAUACGGUACAGUCGGUUCGAAGCACAGCUUCUUGCAAUUCAGUCCGAUUUGAGUACAUACUGUGAAGAACCUGAUGAUUUGGAUGCCUUUAGACUGUGGAAAUCAGGCCUUGUGUUGGAGGAGAAGGUGGAGGAGAUUGAGAAUUUAUGUGGGGAGAACGGGGUUUUGGAAGGUGUCUAUACGAAGCUUGUUCCAGACACCAUCGAUAACGAGACUUUCUGGAGUCGCUAUUUUUACAAGGUUUAUAAGCUCAAGCAGGUGGAGGAUGCAAGAGUGGAUCUUGUGAAGAGGGCGAUUUCGAGGGAAGAUGAAGAGGAUUUGAGUUGGGAUGUUGAUGACGACAGCAAAGAUGAAGAGGGAGACAAUGUGGCAUCAGAAUUGAAGGUUGAGAACUCCAAAAAUAUAGAAUUGGAGAAGAAAGAGUUUGUUGCGGGUUCGGAAUUGGUAAUUGAGAAGCCACCUGUUCUCACUGAAAUGGAAGUUGGGAGUUCCGAUGGAGGAGUUAGCGAUAUGGGUAUUGUCUUGGGGCCAGCCAGUGAUAAAGGGCCUGUCGAAUUGAACAAUGAUGAAAAUUUUGAAAAAUCUGAUGGGAAGGCGGAAGGGAAGGUGGGUCAAGGUGAAUCGAACAAUGAUGAAAAGAUGGAAAAAUCUGAUGAGAAGACCGAAGUUAAGGUGGACCAAGGUGAAUCGAGCAAGGAUAACGACUUUUCUAUCGUGUCAAGCCAACCCUUGGCAAAUGAUGAGGAUGAUCUUGGGUGGGAUGAGAUUGAAGACCUUGGCAGCAGUGAUGAGAAUAAAGGGGGUGCUGGUGAGACCCUAAGCAGGGUUGAUUUGCGCAAGCGGCUGAGUGCUGCGGAGGAAGAUGAAGAUCUGAGUUGGGAUAUUGAAGAUGAUGACGAGCCUUCCAAACAGUGAUCUUAGCAUAAAAAUGGUCAAAGUCAUUGCAUUAUCUUCACCCUCAAUCUAUAUUUCUUUAGUUUCUCUGUUCCAAAUACAUGUGCUUUAUUGAGUAUUGACUCUUUGCAAAGUGAUUGUUUGCUCUCAUUAUUUAUUUUAUUGUGUAAAUGUAAAUGUUUAGCUGUAAAUCUCAACAUUCUCUAAGCUAUAUGGAUUGUGUUGCUUACUA